AUGAUCCACCAACACCGCAGCCGAGGACCUCUGACGCUCCCGACCGCCGUAGCCAUCGGCGUCAUCAUCACCCUCUCCCUCUACUUCUUCUCGCCACUGCAAAUGCCCACGAUGGCCGAGUCAUCGUCGUCUUUCCUUCCCAACCUGCAAACAACCCUCUCCCAGUCCGCCUCAGAUCCCCCCAGCGUCUCGGUGUCGGUCAAAAACACCAGCCCCGACACGACCGUGACGAUCCUCAAGUGGGAAUCCCCCCUCGACCCCGCCGCCCUCGGCCUGGGUCAGGUGUCCAUCACGCCGGCCGGGGCCUCCGAGCCGAUCCCCGCCCACGCCAUUAAGAUCAGCCGCAAGAUGCCGCCCGGCGCCGAGUCGCUGGUGACGCUGCGCCCCGGCGAGAGCGCGGACAACGUCAUCGAGCUGCGCGAGCCGAGGGUCCCUGGUGAUGUGUGGAAGGCGGGCAAGGCGCAGGUCGCGAUGAAGGGGAGGUGGAUGGCUGUUUGGCCCGGGCUCACCACGGAGGAGUUGUUGCAGCAGCCGGAAAGGCUCAAGUCUGUUGGUGCUGGUGCUGGGUCGUUGACAGGGGAGUGGGAGACGGAGAGUAUUGAGAUUGGCAAAUAG